UUCACGGCUUCAGUAAUCCUGUCGGCACUUGGUAGAUUCUCUCCUCUCUCCCGUGACACCAUAAAUAAAUCCCUCCAAAAUAAAACCCGGCCCCUUCAUCUUUAGACACCACCCCUGUCUUAGCCAUGACAUCAACGUUUUCAACUUCUCUUCAUCGCCUUGUCUUAAUCUUCUUAACCAUUUUGCCAACCUAUGACUCAAGUUACCUUAACUACCCAGACGCAUUGUCCAAAUCCAUAUUAUUUUUCGAAGGCCAGCGUUCGGGUUAUUUGCCGGGAGACCAGAGACUGAGUUGGCGCCAAAAUUCAGGGCUGAGUGAUGGCUAUGCCGAGACCACGGAGUUGACUGGCGGCUACUAUGACGCCGGAGAUAAUGUGAAGUUUGGGUUUCCGAUGGCGUUUACGACCACAAUGGUGGCCUGGUCGGUGGUUGAGUUCGGAGAUUUGAUGCCGCCGGGAGAGCUGAGGAAUGCUUUAGUGGCGCUUCGUUGGGCUACUGAUUAUCUUCUCAAAACAGUCUCCAUACCUGACCGUAUUUAUGUGCAGGUUGGUGAUCCAGUUAUAGAUCAUAACUGCUGGGAAAGGCCAGAAGAUAUGGAUACUGCUCGAACUGUUUACAAAGUGGAUGCACCAAAUCCAGCCUCUGAUGUGGCGGGUGAAACAGCAGCUGCUCUUGCAGCUUCGUCUAUGGCCUUUCGAUCAUCUGAUCCCGGAUACGCUGAUACUCUGUUACGUACUGCCACAAGGGUCUUUGCUUACGCAGAUACUUAUCGAGGGGCUUAUAGUGACAAUGCAAACAUUAGAGAUGGCGUGUGCCCAUAUUAUUGUGAUUUUGAUGGGUAUCAGGAUGAAUUAUUGUGGGGAGCAGCUUGGCUGAGGAGGGCUUCCCAAGAUGGUUCUUACCUUAAUUACCUACAAAACAAUGGUAAAACACUUGGAGCUGAUGAUAAUAUUAAUGAAUUCGGAUGGGACAAUAAGCAUGCAGGCCUUAAUGUCCUUGUUUCCAAGGAAGUUUUGCAAGGAAACAUAUAUGAACUCCAAUCGUAUAAAGCCUCAGCAGAUAGCUUCAUGUGCACUCUUAUACCAGAAUCAUCCUAUUCUCACAUAGACUACACUCCUGGUGGCCUUAUCUACAGGCCGGGUGGGAGCAACUUGCAGCACGCAACAACGAUCUCCUUCCUUUUGCUAGUUUAUGCAAAUUACUUAGAAAGGUCAUCACAGACUAUAAAUUGUGGUAGCAUUAGUGGGGGUCCAUCAAUGCUCCGCAAAAUCGCCAAAAGGCAAGUUGACUACAUUUUAGGUGAGAACCCCAAGGGUAUGUCGUAUAUGGUUGGCUAUAGCAACUAUUUUCCACAACGCAUUCAUCAUCGUGGUUCAUCACUUCCUUCACUAAAGGAUCAUCCUCAAUUUAUUGGAUGUAAGGAGGGAUCAGUUUACUAUAACUCCUCGGAUCCUAAUCCAAAUGUACUAGUUGGGGCUGUGGUGGGUGGUCCAGGAGAAGACGAUACCUAUGAAGAUGACCGAGUUGAUUUUAGAAAAUCUGAACCCACUACUUACAUUAAUGCACCAUUUGUUGGUGCACUGGCGUAUUUUGCAGCUAAUCCUAAUCCAGUUUAAGUUGAUUGACACAGGUAUUUAAAGAAAUAUCAUUGUAUUAUUCAUUAAACAUUAGGCAGGAUCACGUCUAAAUUAGGGUGAUUAUAUCUCUCAUCUUGUGCUAAGGGCCAAGAAGGAAGAGGUCAGUGUUUUGAAUCUUGGGAUGAGUUUCUGUGAACAAACUUCUUGUGUUUGCUGUUUUAAACUUCUUUAUGAAGUUGGAUGCUUCCAUGCUUGCAAUGAUGGGCCUGGACCUUGGUU